AUGGAGCCCAUUGAAGAACCUCCAACCACAGAACCAACGGAGGAAAACGAAGAAAACCUCCAAUUGGACGAAUCUUCAGCCAAAAAGAAAGGCACAAUUAAACAGCCAAAGAGCUAUGCCUGCCUAUUUACUUGUGCUGUAACGAGCGCCGUCCAUCUGGAGCAAACAAAAACUAUGUCCGCGCGUGACUUCCUCCUCGCAUUUCGAAGAUUUUCCGCCAGGAGGGGUAGCGUCUCCAUCAUGUAUUCGGAUAAUGCCCAAAUAUUCAGAUUCGUCUCGAAACACUUGAAAGUCUUAAGAUCCGACCCAGCGAUCCACGACCUUCUGGCAAUGCGGAAAACCGAAUGGAUUUUCUCGGCCAGCCUAGCCCCAUGGUGGGGAGGGUUCUGGGAGCGCAUGGUGCGAACGAUGAAGGAUUUGUUGAGGCGCUCCAAUGGUCGUGCAUGUCUGGAAUACGACGAGCUAGAGGUUUGUCUCAUUGAAACCGAGAGCGUGGUGAAUGCACGGCCACUCACCUACGUGGCAGAAGGGAGCGACGACCCGCUCCCCAUCACCCCGAACCAGUUUCUCAACAAUAGGCGUUCGAACUGCACUCCGCCGGAGCCAGCCGAAAACCUCAUUGCUCCCGACGCAACCAAUUUGAAACUGCUGGAAAUGGAUCGUCAACGUAGGGAGUAUGUCUGCGAUAUCUGCGAACGAUUUGUGACGGACUACUUUCUCCAAAUCGACAAGUUCCACUGUAAAGGAGGACCCGGCCGCAAGAUCCGGGUAGGAGAAGUUGUCAUCAUUCACGAUGACAACACCAAGUGCCUUAUGUGGACGAUAGGAGUAGUGAAGGAGCUAAUCACUAGCAGAGACGGGUUGAUCCAUUCGGUUAUGGUCAAGACGCCGAACGGGAACCUUAUCAACCGGGCCAUUCAAUCGUUACACCCCUUAGAGCUACGUGAGGAUCAGCCGGACGACGUCGAAAUUCCACCUACGCCAGAGCUGGAAUUGGAACCAGAAGAAGCAACUCCACACGUGGCCGCCGCAGAUCCAGUCGAGCAGGAAGAGCCGUGGUCCACGGGCUCUGUCAUCCAUCGUGUGAAUGCUGUCUUCAGUUUUGACGGCGAAAACUCGAUUCAUAUUCACGUUACUUUCUUCUGGCUCUAUAAUCUCUUCCCAAUUAUCCCUUUCCGACGGAUCGAGGCUCAGAAACAAUGGACCUUCGUGGAAUUUCAUCAACUCGUUGACAAUCUUCGGGUCGAUGCCAAGACUACACAGGUCCGCGGCAUUGUUAACUCCAAAAAGGUGACGCCAUUGUCUUCUAUUCAUGUUUCGGAGAAUCUUGCCAAUACAAUUAUUCACUAA